UACUUUACAAUGCCGUCUACAUUAGUUUCGGGGAUAAAGCGUUACUGUAACCAUUCUAAAAGGUUGCAAGCCAUUCUUGAAGACACAAAACGAUGUUUUGAUGACAUUAAUGAAAGUGGCAAAAACGAAAAUGGUCCUCUUCUGCCACUUGAGGUUCUCCAUGAGGAGGAGGAAGAAAUCCUGUCUACAGCUGACAAACUUCCAGGCAUUGUCGUUCUCGGACAGAAUGAGUAUUGCAAGUCUCGAAUAGUGAAUGAAUUAUUUCAGAGAACUAUUUUCCCAACUUUUGAUUGUAACGACAAUGAUAAGCGGUAUCGCACUGUUAGAUUUAAGUACGGGGAAAAUCUCUGUAUAAAUCUAGAGCUACCUGAUGAUGAGUAUGCUCUUGCAGAAAACUUGGAAGCGUACAAUGGACCCUGGAAUACCAUUCCACACAAAGAUCUGGAGAUCUCAGUAAAUGACAAAUCUGAUUCUGCAAUGGGAUCGGCUGUACUAGAGGUUAAAUUCAAUCAUCAGUUGUUGAGGUAUGGAUGUACUUUGGUGGUGGCCGCAUCAAAUAUAUCGUUUGAGGAGGAGCUUAAACGAUGCACUGAAAACAUAGCACCAGUUAUAAUCUAUGCAUUUCACACAGAAUCAUUUUCUACCAAG